CCAAUUAUGCUCUUUCAAAUAAAAAUGCACAUGGCAGAUGGGGCUUAGUGGAAAGCCAAAUGCGGCCGAGGAAGUCGGCCGCUGGAAGGGGGAGGACUGCCGCUGUAUCGCCGGAGCGAGAACGGCCCUCCUUCGACUCUUCGGGCUUCGAGCUUGACCGAACCUCCGGCCACCAUCGCACAUCCGUACGACCUGUCGGCUCUCUUCUCGACGAUCGUGCGCUAUACCUUGCGGAAGAUGGGCAUCAAUGGUUUAGCGAUGAGCCCAUCGAAGAUCACAAUAAUAUAAACGGUGGAAUCGGUGGGGGUGGUAGAGCAGCGAAUCCUCGUAGCUUUUCUUACAGUGUGAAGCAGCGGUGCUGGGAAAAGGCUGAGAAGGUGAAGGGGAGGGAUCCUGACAGGUGGCGGAGGGAUCCUCUUGGCAACAUCAUCUUUCGAAAGCUCGUUGGAUGCCCUGGAUGCCUCUGCCACGACUACGAUCACAUCGUCCCGUACUCCAAGGUAUCUUUAUCCACAACCUCUCUUCAUUUACAGUAACAUUCUUUUGUUCUU